AGGGUUUAUGGGUUCUCUUUUAUAAAUGUAUAAAUUACAUUUUCUCACGUUUCCGCACCAGCUACAUCAGAAAACCUAGUGAUUUCGGCUGCAUCAUCGUCUCAAAGGAACGAAGAAGAGUCUCUUUGAAAUCAACUAGCAAAUAUGUCUGGUGAAGAACCCGUUGUUGCAGCCGAGCCCGUUGUUGCUGCACCUGGAAUUCCAGGGGAGCCAAUGGACAUCAUGACUGCUGUUCAGCUUGUGCUGAGAAAGUCACGUGCUUACGGUGGUCUUGCACGAGGUCUUCAUGAAAGUGCUAAAGUGAUUGAGAAACAUACUGCACAGCUAUGUGUCCUAGCUGAAGAUUGUGACCAACCUGAUUAUGUCAAAUUGGUCAAGGCCCUUUGUGCUGAACACAAUGUUAGUUUGUUGACUGUUCCAAAUGCGAAGACCCUUGGAGAAUGGGCUGGCUUGUGCAAGAUUGAUUCAGAAGGAAAAGCUAGGAAGGUAACUGGUUGCUCCUGCGUGGUCGUCAAGGAUUUCGGCGAGGAACAUGAAGCAUAUAAUGUUGUUUUGCAACAUGUGAAAUCUAACUGAUUUGCAGUUUGAUUAGAUUUGUGGGUCUCGAAUAUGAAGUUUUUGUAUAAGUCUUAAGAUUUUUGUUUUUAUGGAUUAUCUGCCUAGUGAUUUUGAUGGUUGAAUUUAUACUUUGCCCAUUCUCAUUGCUGCCUGUUACUCUUUUUUGUUGAGACUGAACUUGUUUGUGACCCAUUCUCUAUUUAUACUCUUGAGACAAGAACUUGCAGUAA